AUGUUAGCAACACGCAGAAGCCUGGUAUCACUCGUCUUUCUUCAGACCUGGAUGUCCGCAGUAGACGCCACACCGAAUGCGCCGUGCUAUUAUCCCGGUGGAGAGUCGGCUCUGCUUUACCAACCGUGCAAUCCGUUUGCCUUUACAUCAGCCUGUUGCCCCUCUGGCUUCACCUGCUUCUCCAAUAACGUAUGCAUACUCACUGAUCCAAAUGCAACGACGACCAAUGUUCCGCUCGGUACGGCUUUCAGGCCUACAUGCACAAAUCCAAAUUUCAAUACGAGACUCUGUGGAAAUUACUGUCUAGACCGUGGUAGUAGUGGAGAGCUCACCGCUUGUGGCAAUGAUACCUAUUGCUGCAGGUACGACGAAUUGAAUGGAGACUGUGACUGUGACAGUAGAAAGGGUACAUUCGUGAUAGAGCCUGGUGAAGCUGAAACUAUUAUUAAUGCCCCGAAUCUGACCCUCACGACCAUUCCGCCAGUAACCAGAAGUUCCACCAUAGCUUUGACCAUCGCGACGACAACUCCGCACUCGAAUUCGGCAUUGACAACACAAAGCCCAACGUCCAACGCUGCGGUAAGCAGCCCUGGAAGUACCGGAUCAACUUCAGUCCCCGUAAACACUGGCGAAGACAUCACAGACACCACAAGAUUCAAAGUCGGCGUUGGAAUCGGUUCCGCUGUUGCUGGCCUCCUCAUUCUCGGGCUUAUCCUCUGGUUCUGUGUCCAUAAACGACGGAAAAAGACAUUCAAAGACCAACCACCAAUACCACCACCAUAUCCGCAACUUACACGCGCCUAUUCCCAGCACAGCGAGACCCGAUCCGAAGCUCCACCUCGCAUGUCGUACCAAUCCAUCCAUGGCCAGGGUCCUGUAGCCCAAGCUGGCCCUCUGGCUCAUACCUAUCCUCAUCCCCGCGAUAUGCACCCCGCUGGCUAUACGCAAUACCCUUAUCCCGGAUCCGGUCCACUCAAUUCCAACCCACAUGCCAUGGGUACGCCACAUCACAUGUCGCAGCAGUUCGGACACGACAUUGGCGAAGGUGUGCCGGACAUGUACACGCAUCUGCGGCCUGUGUCUGAAGUCACCGAGCCUUCCAGCACGAGUGGUAUGAGCGGCCCUUCCCCGGUCAGCGACCGCAAUAGUAGAAGCUUCAAUACCCCGUAUCUGACGGUGGAUCUGAGAGGUGAUCCGGGUCACGAGGAGCCAGGAGAGCCGAUUUCGAGCCCGAUAAGUCCGAUGUCGAGUUUAAAUAGGGGCCAGAGGACACAAUGGUACGGGAGACCUUCUUGA